AUGGGUAUUUAUCAAUCAAAAGGAAAGAUCCCUGAGGAAGUUUACAGAUUUUGGUCAGCUGUGGCAUCAUCCAUACGUCUGGGGUGGUUGGGGACUGAUGAUAUGGCAAAGGUUGGUGUGUUUUGCCAGCAAGCUAACGUUAGCUAGUAAACCCAUAUAACGUUAUAGAGUAGUUACUAAACGCUAACUAACUAGCGUUAGCGUUGAACUAUUUCAGCUUCUAGCCAGCUAGCUAACCGUUGGAUGCAUCAAUCACAGUCGGUCAAACGUAUAACGUUAUUGGUGAUCUGUCUUGUGUUCUUCAGUCAAGUCAAUUAGUCAAUGUCAAUAUGAAACUAUAGUCCAUUAUACUACAAUUCAAGUCAGCCAAUUGCAAGGUUCAUUUUCUUGUUCUAACUCGGAAUUCACUACUGUAGGAGAUGAAGGUGUGCCAGCUUGCCAUUUUCCCCAUGCUGUUGAAUGCCUCUGCUUUGCAAGGAGACAUUGUUGGUCUUGAGGGACACUUACAGCAGGUAACGUUAGCUAGAGUAUUAUUAGCUAGAAAAAACUAUAUUAUUCUAUUCAUGCUUUUUUCUUAUGAUGUAGCGAGCCAAGUUACAAUUCUCACCAAGUGGGUUAACCCUAUUUGGCGCGAUGCGUAGGGUGUUUGCCUUUCACACCAGCGACCCUGGUUUGCUUCCCUGCCCUGUCGCACACUACACUGGUGUCAGAAGUGGGAUGACGCCUGUUAAGCCAUCAGAGAGGCGUGUACACGUGAGGGAUUUGGUAUAGAGAAGCAUGGGUACACGCUCCCUCGAAGUAAGGGGGUAAUGUAGCGACCUCGUCAAGGGGUUUGGACCUUUUGUCUUAUCGGUUAAGGUGUUUGCUUGACAGUCAUUGGACCCAGGUUCGAGUCCCGGUCGGGGUUACCGCCCCAAUUCACUACAGUUAUAUAGGUAACUACUAUUAGCCUAGCUAGUACUACUUAGUUAGGUAAUGAAAACAGCUAGCUACUGUGUCAUACAACUGAAUUUGUGGGAAGGGAAUCCUGUAACCUAACCUUACUAGUUCAUGAAAACAUUACAGUAUCAUAAUUUAGAGGAAUUUAAUUCGGUUUAUGUAAGUGUUGAUACUUAGGAAAUUCAUCCCAAAUUGUUUACUGCCAUGUUGACUGUCAUGCUUUAGGGAGCUGAUGUGUCUGUGUCAGACAGACAUGGGAGGACACCUCUCCACCUGGCUGCUGGUGAGGGGGAUGUCGAGACUGUCCGAUUCCUGCUGAAGAAGGGAGCGGACGUCAACGUUAGGGAUUGUGCGAGAGAAACUGCUCUCCGAGAUGGCAUUCGCUGCAAGUGAGAAAACAAACCUCAAUCUUCGGUUCUCUGUCUGGUGGGGCCCAGUGGUAUUUACAUUUUCACAUUUGCAUUUUAGUCAUUUAGCAGACGCUCUUAUCCAGAGGAACUUACAGUAGUGAGUGAGUAUUGGUGCCAGUCUUAUGCCACUGUUUACUUCUGAUUCCAUCAAUGGCAUGUAUGGCUGGGAAUGGCCAGGGACCUCACAAUACGAUAUUAGUUCUAUAGUCCGACCAUUACUCGAAUAUGCGCCUAAAUAUUUUGCUGUGCGAACUGGAAUUUUUUAUCUAGGAGCACCGGUGCGCCUAGAAAAAUUACAGAUUCAAGCUUUAUUACCUCAAAUAUUUCUCAUUGUGCUCCUACAUUUCUUUGUGUGCGCCUACAUUUUUCAACUUAGGCGCACACGUGCUCAUUGUAAAAAAGGUCAGAGUAGAGUCCUGCAAUGCGAUAUGUAUUGCGAUUCUCACGAUUCUAUAUGUAUUGCGAUUCGAUACUGUGAUUUUAUUGCGAUUCGAUGUUCCAAACAUAUUGCUCACCAUAUGUCUUCUGCAGAGGGACAAGAGAGUGCCAUGAGAAGACAAGCUUUGAUUAGUUACCAGGUUUCCAUCAAACCUAUUUAUUCAAGUAAAGUACAUGUUGGAUAAAACAUGUCAUGACAGGCCUGAUGGAAACAGCUCAUUUGUAUGUACACAUUCUAAAUGUCGACAAAACAGAAUACGGUAGACAAGGUGGGAUCUUUCUGUGUCGGUACAAUUAAUUAGCAAGAAAUGUCUGUGGAAAAGCUUUUAUGCGCAAAUAUUGAUAUAGUAACCAUUAUAUCGAAGUAAACUUGGAGUCACGUGAUAACAUGUUGUGUGGUCCUCCCACUACGACUCAGGAAAGCAUGCAGUUUAUUAGGCUAUAGAUUAAAUAAGUUAUGAUGAACUUCACAGGUUGGUGAAAGUGCACGGUGAUAAGCUUGAUGCUCCUUUCCAAUAAAGAUCGAGGGUCUUAUUCUGGUGACAUGAUGAUCGAUGCUUGGCUGUUUUGUCCAUAAUAAUCUCAUCAUGUAGGCCAGGGGUUCCCAAACUUUUUCACUCAGGCCCCCCUUCCAGCAUUGGGGAACAUCCUGUGCCCCACGUCUAUUUCUAUGGGCACAAGCACUGUUGAUGACACAAACUGUUCACACCCCUCUUGUUGGCGGAGAGAAAAUUUUGCAGUUUUAAAGCUAAUUCUCUUGCUAUUCUAUACAUUUUGCCAUGUCUAAUGUGUAUUCACGUGAUAUUUGAGUGACUCGAACAUUAAUACAAAAUCAAAAAAAUAUGUGGGCUAGUUGAUCUGAACAUUUCUGCCAAGUUAUAAAUAGCUCUCUGACAACAGGAAAACUGAUGAUGCACUACCCAAUUUUGAAAUUGCACCUUGUGCAUUCUGCUAUUACAACUUUCAAGAGUAAGUUGAAAGCCGGACUGAGCUCCGUUUUUUUUUCUUCUUAAAAAUAAUUAUCAAUAUACAGUACCAGUCAAAAGUUUGGAAUCAUUCCAGGGUUUUUCUUUAUUUUUACUAUUUUCUACAUUGUAGAAUAAUAGUGAUGACAUCAAAACUAUGAAAUAACACAUAUGGAAUCAUGUAGUAACCAAAAAAGUGUUAAACAAAUCAAAAUAUAUUUUAUGUAGCCACCCUUUGCCUUGAUGAGUUUUGCACACUCUUGGCAUUCUCUCAACCAGCUUCAUGAGGUAGUCACCUGGAAUGCAUUUCAAUUAACAGGUGUGCCUUGUUAAAAGUUAAUUUGUGGAAUUUCUUUCCUUCUUAAUGCAUUUGAGCCAAUCAGUGGUGUUGUGACAAGGUAGGGGUGGUAUACAGAAGAUAGCCCUAUUUGGUAAAAGACCAAGUCCAUAUGAUGGCAAGAACAUCUCAAAUAAGCAAAGAGAAACGACAGUCCAUCAAUACUUUAAGACAUGAAGGUCAGUCAAUCCGGAAAAUUUCAAGAAGUGCAGUCGCAAAAACCAUCAAGCGCUAUGAUGAAACUUGCUCUCAUGAGGACCGCCACAGGAAAGGAAGACCCAGAGUUUCCUCUGCUGCAGAGGAUAAGUUCAUUAGAGUUAACUGCACCUCAGAUUGCAGCCCAAAUAAAUGCUUCACAGAGUUCAAGUAACAAACACAUCUCAACAUCAACUGUUCAGAGGAGACUGCGUGAAUCCGGCCUUCAUGGUCGAAUUGCUGCAAAGAAACCACUACUAAAGGACACCAAUAAUACGAAGAGACUUGCUUGGGCCAAGAAACACAAGCAAUGGACAUUAGACUAGUGGAAAUCGGUCCUUUGGUCUGAUGAGUCCAAAUUUGAGAUUUUUGGUUCCAACCGCUGUGUCUUUGUGAGACGCAGAGUAGGUGAACGGAUGAUCUCCGCAUGUGUGGUUCCCACCGUGAAACAUGGAGGAGGUGUGAGGGUGCUUUGCUGGUGACACUGUCUGUGAUUUAUUUAGAAUUCAAGGCACACUUAACCAGCAUGGCUACCACAGCAUUCUGCAGCGAUACGCCAUCCCAUCUGGUUUGCGCUUAAUGUGUAAGGGCUAUUUGACCAAGAAGGAGAGUGAUGGAGUGCUGCAUCAGAUGACCUGGCCUCCACAAUCACCCGACCUCAACCCAAUUGAGAUGGCUUGGGAUGAGUUGGACCGCAGAGUGAAGGAAAAGCAGCCAACAAGAGCUCAGCGUAUGUGGGAACUCCUUCAAGACUGUUGGAAAAGCAUUCCUCAUGAAGCUGGUUGAGAGAAUGCCAAGAGUGUGCAAAGCUGUCAUCAAGGCAAAGGGUGGCUACUUUGAAAAAUCUAAAAUAUAUUUUAAUUAGUUCAACACUUUUUUGGUUACUACAUGAUUCCAUAUGUGUUAUUUCAUAGUUUUGAUGUCUUCACUGUUAUUCUACAAUGUAGAAAAUAGUACAAUUAAAGAAAAACCCUUGAAUGAGUAGGUAUGUCCAAAAUUUUGACUGGUACUGUAUAUACCAUUUUGAAUAUUUGCAUGCAAAUCUGUCGCCAAUUGGAUGGAAACCUAGCUAGACGUGGAAAUAAAAGUGCUGAAAACAAAUUGGCUCCCUAUUUAAAAAGAAGACAGAGAACAAGCUAUGAAGGAAACUGGAGUUUUGGUGAGUUUUGGUGCAGGUACAGCAAACUAAUGCAAAAAUAAUAUUGCGAUAUUGUCAUACGAUAUAUCAUACAGAUAUCCCGAUAUGUAACUGUAUACAUUUUUCCUCCCCAUCUCUAAUGGCAGGCAAUUAUACAAUAACUGCAAAUGUAUAUAUUUACAAAUUAUUUGAAAGAUUUCCAGGAAACAUUUUUCCUCAUGUUUUUAUAAUGCAUCAGUAUCUAAAUCUCCAAAUGGGAGACCUCAUCUGAGAUGAAUGGCUAGACUAAAGGUUGUUUACCAGGAGUCCCUCACCAACACGACUCUUCAUUGUGUCCGUACAGGAGCAUAGAGGUGGUGUCCCAACUGAUGAGUGAGGGGGCUCACCUGGAGACAUCCUCUCUGGAACUGGGGGUUGAGAUGUGUUGGUGAGUGAGCUAAAAGAAGUAGCCAGCUACUGAAUGUAUUUAAUCUUAUGGUAAACUAAAACAGCAUAUAACCUAGCGGUGGUCACCAACACUGGUCCUGGAGAGCAAUGGCAUUUGCAGGUUUUUGUUCCCCCCAGAUUCUGUGUAGAAGGUCUGCACAUUUAAUGUAUUGAAUCCAUCUAAUUUUUAUGAAAAUGUUUGAUUUCCUUACUGUCAUACAUAGAACUGCCCUUUGAAUCCAUAAUGUUUUGGUAAUGACACCAUGUUUGAGAUGAAAUUAAGGGCCCAUUCUUGUCUGCAGCCUUGCGUUCAUGGGAGACUCCAAGCAGAUGGAGGUGUGGAAGCAGGCAGGUGUUAGCUUCAACUUUGCUGACGCCGAUGGCAGAACUCCCCUGCAUGUGGUGGGUUUCUACUUUCCCAUAAAUCUUCACUGUAACAUGAUGUUGUACUUAGCAGUACUAUGAUUUAGAUAUUGUCAGAAUGAAAUUGUGGUCUGGCAUGACCUAAUUCUUUGAUGAUAUUGAAGUACACCAAUAUACAGAAUGAAACAUGUUGAUGGAUAGAACUGCAAUGAAUGCAAAACAAUCAUGCAACUUUGGCUUCUUCUAGGCUGUCUGCACUAACCAGCCAGACAUGGUCAGGUUCUGCAUCAGGAACGGCUCCAGUCUUGAGGUAUUGAACUCUUCACAACCAGGUUUAAUAUAGUACAGUGCAUUCGGAAAGUAUUCAGACCCCUUCACUUUUUCCACAUUUUGUUACAUUACAGACUUAUUCUUAAAUGGAUUAACCCUGUUUUUGCUUUGUCUUUAUAGGGUAUUGUGUGUAGAUUGAGGAAAAUGUUUUAUAUAUUCCAUUUUAGAAUAAGGCUGUAAUGUAACAAAAUGUGGAAAAAGUGAAUGGGGUCUGAAUACUUUCCGAAUGCACUGUAUUUGGUACAAGAAAUUACAUUUAUUCAGAUACAUUUGCAAUUCAGAGGUGAGGAAAUCCGUUAUACCAUUUCUCAUUUCUCACCUCCAAAUGGACCAGUAGCCUUAGUCUACCCCACACGUUGUGAUAAUCACACCCUUGGGUACCCCUAAAAGGACAGUCUCUGAUUGAUUUGUGUCUGUAUUGCCACUGCAGCAGCGCGACCGCUUCAAUAACCAGCCAGUGGAUGAUGCCCGGCGUCUGGGCCUGCAAACCCUGGUGGAGAUGCUGAGCAAUGAGGCCCAGAAGGAAGCCUCCGACCUCGUGGCCGAGAAAACAAAGAUCAAUAUGGAGGAGCAGAUGGCCAGAGGCCUGGUAGAACUCUCCCUGGUCCCAUAACAUGGACACGAUUAGCCCCAUUACCCUUAUCUAGUACAUAAUUAGCGAGUUUUGUUCACUCUUUUUCAUUUUACAACUCAUUUGUCUCCCUCUACUGAAAUACUAAAUGUCAAAAUUGAUAAAUGUGGAGAAAUAUAUUUAGCAGUUUGCUAUUCUUUUAUUUUCUUAGCUCAUUUGCCAAUGUUAAUUGUAUUUUUAUGUUGUUAAUGGUUGUGAAUGUCAUGACUGAGAUCAUCAGUAUUUGGAUUAACAUGUCCGUUUACUUUUGUUUACAGUAAAAAGCACAACAAAUAUUUCCGCUAAGAGUUAUGCCGCGUUCACGUGCUAGUCG